CCCUCCCAAUGGGCAAAAAGGUGAACUGGAGCUGGACCUCCGCCCUGGUCGGCGCCGCAACCGCCACGGCAGCGACGACUCUGUUCUCAAUGAAGCCGCGGGACCCAACGUUCCACCUGAUCUCCAUCAAGCUGACUUCCUUCGAGUUCAACUUCCCGGUUCUGGACACCGACGUGAUCCUCACCGUCCACGUCUCCAACCCGAACCCGGCGGCGAUCCACUACUCCUCCACCACCAUGUCCAUCUACUACGCCGGCUGCCUCCUCGGCUCGGCUCCAGUGGAAGCCGGGUCGCAGAAGGCGAGGUCCUGCAAGGUUCUCCACCUGCCGGCUCGGCUCAGCGGGAUGGAGCUGGCCCACCACGCCAAGCGGUUCCUGGCUGACGUGGCGAAGCGGGAGAUGGUGCUGGACGCGACGGUGGAUAUCCAGGGAGAGGCCAAGGUGCUGUGGUGGGACCACAAGUUCAAGGUUCACGUGGAUAGUCACGUGACUGUUGACCCUUUGUUCCUUGAUAUUGUUGACCAGAAAAAUAAAUCGGAAUUGUUGCUCUUUGAUGCCUAAUUUUUUCUCUUUUAAGUAUAUUUUUACUACAGUCUGUUUGUUUGUUUCCUUUUCUGAAUGUUAUUUUCAAAUUAAAAUAUUAUUAAAUAUCCAAUCUCAGCGUACAUUUUUACAUUUCAUAAUACACUUUUUUAUAUUCCCAAUACAAAAAACACCUGCCGUCCUUCUCUACCUCUCCAACCUUAAAACCCU